GGGAUUGGAGAGCCCAGCGUGUACCACGCCGUGGUUGUCAUCUUCCUGGAGUUCUUUGCCUGGGGUCUGCUGACCACGCCGAUGCUAACGGUGUUACACCAGACGUUUCCUCAGCAUACGUUCUUGAUGAAUGGCCUGAUUCAUGGCGUCAAGGGUCUGCUUUCUUUUCUAAGUGCCCCACUGAUUGGUGCUCUCUCUGACGUCUGGGGCAGGAAAUCCUUCCUCCUCCUCACUGUCUUCUUCACGUGUGCACCAAUCCCCCUCAUGAAGAUUAGCCCGUGGUGGUAUUUUGCUGUCAUUUCCAUGUCUGGAGUCUUUGCUGUCACCUUUUCUGUGAUUUUUGCCUACGUUGCCGAUAUCACACAGGAGCAUGAACGCAGCACGGCGUAUGGCUUGGUGUCAGCCACAUUUGCUGCCAGCCUGGUCACAAGCCCAGCGAUUGGCGCGUACCUUUCCCAAGCCUACGGCGAUACGCUGGUGGUUGUGCUGGCUUCAGGUGUCGCUUUGCUGGAUAUUGGCUUCAUCCUGCUGGCUGUGCCGGAGUCUCUGCCGGAGGAGAUGCGCCCGGUCUCUUGGGGAGCUCCCAUCUCUUGGGAACAAGCAGACCCAUUCGCUUCCUUGCGGAAGGUGGGUCAGGACUCUACAGUGCUGCUCAUCUGUAUCACCGUCUUUCUCUCCUACCUUCCUGAAGCUGGCCAGUACUCCAGCUUUUUCCUCUACCUGCGGCAGGUCAUUGGUUUUUCCUCGGAGACUGUGGCAGCCUUUAUUGGUGUGGUUGGAAUCCUCUCUAUACUGGCUCAGACAGUAGUGUUGGGAAUCCUCAUGCGCUCGAUAGGAAAUAAGAACACCAUCCUUUUGGGACUGGGCUUCCAGAUCCUGCAGCUUGCCUGGUACGGCUUCGGAUCACAGCCUUGGAUGAUGUGGGCAGCGGGAGCUGUGGCUGCCAUGUCCAGCAUCACCUUCCCAGCCAUCAGUGCCAUGGUGUCGAGGAACGCGGACCCUGACCAACAGGGUGUGGUGCAGGGGAUGAUCACUGGAAUUCGCGGUCUCUGUAAUGGCCUGGGGCCGGCGCUCUAUGGCUUCGUCUUCUAUCUCUUCCAUGUGGAGCUGAAUGAAAUGGCUGAGGUGGAAACAUUGGGUAAGGCCUCCAAACCCAACAUGGCCAACCCCACGGAUGAGAGCGGCAUUAUCCCGGGGCCUCCGUUCCUGUUUGGGGCCUGCUCCGUCCUGCUGUCACUGCUGGUGGCUUUGUUCAUCCCAGAGCACAGCCUGGCACUGCGGCCGGGCAGCCACAAGAAGCACAGCAAUGGGGCCCAGACCCACGCCCACAGCCCGCAAACCAGCGGCUAAGAGCCCCUGCUCGAGGACAGCAG